GUUCAGGCUUAUGCAGCGAGCUCGGCAUGGCAGCAAAUCGACGAGCAAUGCUCUCGGGCGCAGCCUCGGGCACCUGACCCCGCUUCGAUCAGCCCCCUUCCGCACGACGAGCCCGACAGAUUGCUUGUCUCAAGACCUACCUUAUUCAACGAAGCUGGACCAAGUUGGGCCGCAAGGCGCCCUCAUUUGAGAGCUUACGAUCGAUGACAGGCGAUUCCUUCGACGCAGCUCGCCAAUGCUUUGAAUCGCCUCAACGCAUCCAUAUAUUGUUAAUUUGUUCUUCAGUGUUUUCGCAUGCAUGCAGCCCAACAGGCUACAGCUGCCAUGGCUUUGACUCUAGCGUCCCAAUCCUCCGGGGUGCCACUGUCGCCUGCAAAGCAGCUCAAUGAGGCGGUUGAUGAUUUCCAGAAAAUUCUGACAGAGGACCAAAGGAACACGCUCGGAAAAAUCAAAUCCAUCCCAGACGCCAAUGCCGUGCUUGUCUUCACCGCGCAACUUGACUCGACUCGAGAUAGGCGCGGCCGCAGCAUCGCCACUCGGUUGCAUUCCGUCCUUCAGUCUGUUCGAGAAUUCUCUGCAGUUAUCGACACAUUCGUCUCAUCAAACCCAGAAAUAGCCGCUCUGAUCUGGGGAAGCGUCAAGCUCACGAUACAGAUUGCACUCAACUUCACAUCUUACUAUGAAGCAUUUUCUAACCUCUUCAUGGGUUUUGCGUCGCACUGUCCACGGUUUGCCGAGUACCAGGCCCUGUAUCCGAACUCGGUCCGGCUCCAAGCAGCCUUGUGUAAUUUCCACGCUUCUCUCAUCCGAUGCUGCAAGCACGCAGUAGAGGCUGCCCAACGACCUUGGAAGACACAGCUUUGGAACGCUCUCUGGCAAUCUUUUGAGCAGGAAUUCAAGUCGGAUAUCAGCACGAUUCAGAGGUGCGGCGAUGAGGUAAGAGAGGAAAUGGUCCUUGCCAAGGCACAGGCCGAUCUCCAAGACCAAGAGCUCCAGAAGAAGGAAAUAGAGGCCGCGUCUGGGCACAGACGCAAGCUCAGAGACAUGCUGUCUCGGACGGGGAACAACCUUGAUACCAUAAAAGAAUGGCAGCUACAGCAGGACGGGCGUCGGUCAAGAGAACGAAGGCGCCAGCUGCUCGAUUCAUUAUCUUCCUACGACCACCUCCCUCCAUUCAAACGCGCUUGUAAAGAGCGCCACCGCAAUACAGCACAGUGGGUAUUUGACACGGCCGAAUUCCGUCGAUGGAAGGAUGGCGCAUCCCCUUGGAUCUGGUGCUCGGGAAAGAUCGGAUCUGGCAAGACGAUUCUCCUUGCGAGCGCCGUUAGCUACGUCCUUGCGGAAAGGAGCGGGACCGGUGAAAUCAUCACCUUCUUUUUCCCUCAAUUCAAUGACCCACAGUCGUUACACGCGGAAACCGUCAUACGAUCCAUCAUCAGGCAGUCACUUGACCUAGUGACACUCUCCGAGAGAAUGGAAGCCAGGCUGGCGGAAAUGGACCAGAAUCCAUCCACUGGGCUUGGUGAAUUGACCGUUCUUCUCCGAGAAAGACUCGCCCAAUCGGAAAAGUUCUUCAUCUUCAUCGACGCCUUGGAUGAGUUUGAACCCAGAGAACGACGCGCCCUUCUUGACCUACUCGCAUCCCUUAGCUCGAGUGGGUCUGGCCCCAGGGUAUUCCUCGCAGGGCGUGAGAGCCUACGCGCGGAACUGAAAGAUAAACUUCCCGGCAUAGAGCGUCUGUCGAUGGCGUCAGUGGAAGCAAUGCCCGAUAUUGCGCGCUAUGUCAAACAGGCGCUUCAAGAAAGGAUACAGAACCGAGACCUCGUGGUUGGAGACCAGUCUCUCAUCUUGGACAUAGAGCAAGCUUUAGCGAAGCAUGCAGACGGAAUGUUUCUUUGGGUCACUUUCCUGAUCGACGAACUUUGUGCCCAGCAUUGUGACUACGACAUCUACAACGCCAUCGGAUGUCUUCCGAAGACUUUAACAGAGACAUUUAGCAGAGCUCUUUUGCGGAUAGUCUCCCGACGGCAUGAUUCGGUCGCGGUAAAAACCUUUUCUUGGGUCGCUAUCGCGAAGCGACAUCUGACACUGGAUGAGCUCCGUGCAGCCAUAUCCAUAGAGAUUGGUCAACCGUACUCAAUGCCUGAGCGGCUCGUCAACGGCAUUGAUCAGCUUGCCUCAUGGUGUGAAAAUCUAAUUCAUGUUGAUGAAGAGCUGAAGACGGUGCAAUUUGCUCACCAGGCAAUUCACAAAUUCAUCAUCGAGGGACCGGCAGAACCGCAACUCGGAAACUUCUGCUUCAACUUACCAGACGCGGACCACCAUGCCGGCGAAAUAUGCGUGACGUACCUCAAUUUCAACGACUUCAAGACCACUCUAGCUCGACGACCGCAACCAAUGAAGCCGGUCGAUCCAGUUGCAAUGGCAAGAUUAGCAUUGUCACACCAGUCAAAGGUGCCAAGUACUAUCCCAGCAUUUGGGUUUCGUUCAAGACGCGAAAAGAGCAAAGUAGAACUAGAUGUCGUUGGAGUUCUGUCUAGCUAUGAAAGGGUAGACGCAGAGGAGGCUACAAGAAAGCUAGAGCAGAGUCACGCUUUCCUCAAGUACGCCUCGGUACACUGGAUCUCACAUACCAGCAGGUUUCGGAAGGAUAGAUCCACAACAUGGGACUUGUGGCAUCGAAUGAUCACUUGCGGGCACGAUCUGGCGAAGAGACCCUGGCCGGAGCAGCAAGAGUUCAACGCUCUAGACUCGGACCUACUGGCUUGGAGCUUACAAUCGCGUCACUACGCUCUCAUACACCUCAUUGAGGAUUGCGGCGGAAUAUCCGAACCAGCAACGCGUCAGAGUAUAUGGGGUCUAGCAGCUCAGGGUAAUAUCGAAUUGCUCGAUGUUCUUCUCCAAGGUGGCUACUCGCCUCGGAUCAUCAGCACAGCUCUUCACACAUCCUCCAAGAGCGGCCAUCUCGAGGUUGUCGAGCGGCUCCUCACAGCUGGAGCCAACGUCAAUGCCGAUCCUGAGCAGCUCCCCGGCAGCCAAACCGCGUUACAGGCAGCUUCUAAGGGUGGCCAUCUCAAGGUUGUUGAGCGGCUCCUCACAGCUGGAGCCAACGUCAAUGCCGAUCCUGAGCAGCUCCCCGGCAGCCAAACCGCCUUACAGGCAGCUUCCGAGGGCGGCUAUCUCGAGGUUGUCGAGCGGCUCCUUAGAGCUGGAGCUGACGUCAAUGCCAAUCAUAUUUUCUCCGACAGGGGCCGAACCGCGUUACAGGCAGCUUCUGAGGGCGGCCAUCUCGAGGUUGUUGAGCGGCUCCUCAGAGCCGGAGCUAACGUUAAUGCUGGGCCUGCGUUGCGCGGCGGCUGUACCGCAUUACAGGCAGCUUCCGCCGGUGGCCACAUCGAGGUGGCUGAUCGGCUCCUCAGAGCUGGAGCCAGCGGCAACCGCAAAGCUGCUAACCGUGGCCGUCAAACCACGAUAUAGGUAGCUUGUAAGGGCGGACAUCUUGAGGUUAUCGAGCGACUUCGCAGUAUCGAAUAGGGUUGGUUUCCGCGGCAGAGAAGAGAGCGGCAUAGUAUCUCCUAUCAGGCAAGGAUGUUGUAUAGUUUCCUUAUGUAGCUCUCCUAGCUUGGGAUGUGUUAAAGAUAGAUUAGAUAUGGUCGUAAAUAGUUGGGAGGAUAAAAACUAAUGAUAUUCGUUGUGGUUGGAGUUGGAGGGCCAAACCCUUACCCGAACCUAUCGGUUCCUAGAGGAGGAUACUUGUCCAUCAAUGGGGAAUAAGGCUCGCUAACGCGGAAAAGGGUUGACAAACCUCCAUAUUCCCAUCUGAAACUGAAUGAUAUCGUCAAGAUCACGCAAAACCUGCCCCUUAUAUAUGAGCC